GCUGCACCCUGUACAAGCAGUUAUCAGGAUCCUCCUCCCUGGUCACAGCUGCUGUCCCUGAGGAUCCAGGCCCCAAGCCAGCAGAAGUGGGCAAUGACUUCCUGGGGGACUUUGUGGUGGGCAAUCAGUCUGGUGUGAAGCCAGACACAGUGCAGUACCUGGGUGAGAUGCAGUUGGCACCAGGACAGUGGGCCAGUGUGGUGCUGGUUGACCCAGUGGGCAAGAAUGAUGGUGUGGUGGGCAGUGUACGCUACUUCAAGUGCCCAGCUCUCCAGGGCAUCUUCAUGUGGCCCUUCCAGCUUCCCUGGCAGCCCACAGCUGACGGCUCGGGUAGCGACGACCACUCUGUGGAGUCACUGACUGCCCAGAACCUGUCACUGCAUUUGGGCAUGGCCAUGCCACUGCUGAGCAGCUACGUAAUCCUGCUGUGGGAGAGCAUCCUCAACAGCUCGGUGAAGAUGGGCAACAAGUGGGGCUCUUACCUCUGGGACAGUGGCUCUGUGAAGUGGGGCGAUAAGGACCUGUGCCUGGGCGACUGCGUGCUGGUGACGAUGGCCUUGCUGGGCAAGUGCUAUGAUGUCCUCGCCAACAGCUGUGGACUUAACUGCUGGAACUCUGCCUGCUCCCUCAAAGAUGAGAUCAGCAGCCUCAUGUCUGCCUUAGACUCCAUUUGCUCAGCACUGUCCAAACUGAAUGCCAAGGUGGCCUGUGUUGCCAUGAAUGAUGAGAGUGCCUUCAUGGUGGGCACGGAGAAGGGGAGAAUGUUCCUGAAUGCCCAGAAGGAGCUACAGUCAGACUUCCUCAGGCUCUGCCAUGAGUACCCCAGGGCACCAGAAGGCCGGGCCGACAUUCCCUGGGAGCAGAUGCUUGAGCGUUUGUCUGAGUCCUCAACCCUGUCUAGCCAGGGUGGUGGUGUGUGGGAGAUGAACUGGGCAAGCAGCGUUGUCUGA